AGCUCUAUCUUCCAUAGCAAUGUCUCGCGGCCCUGCACUAGGCUCGGGGUCGUCUGCUGCAGCAACGAUCAUCGGAGGAGCAACAGGAGAUCAGACUAAGGGCUUGACCUUCAGAGAGGACAUUAAUCCCAACGGUGCUGGCAACAUUUCCACUGUUAUGAUACCAACGUCCUUGGCCAAGAUCGACAAGCAUCUCCCAGUGGUACGCAGAAAAGAUAUUAUGGAGGCUUAUGCGGGCCUUUCAAACAGCGCUCGACAGGCUCUCCUCACCAUCGUUGAUAAAGAGUUUGUCGAACAACUUGACAGAUGCCAGAAAGUGGCAUGGCGCGUUCAUUUGUCGCCCGAUCGUCGAGGAGCUGAGCGGAAGUACCCUAGGUUGACGAAGCUCUUCGAGCCCACCAAUCACAAUGUACUCCCUGGUUUUGGCACGCCAUCUCAGUCGACGCGAUCAGGGCAAUUCAAAGAUGGUUACAUGUUGUUGGAGGACGACUUAGUGAGCAGCAUCAACGGCGAGAAGGAUGCUCUUCAACCCUGCAUGAAGGCUCUCAUGGACCACACUCUCUUUGACUUCAUAGACGAGCGCUGUGAAGACUUCUUACGCAACGCGAAGCGAAAUAGGAGCCGAUUGGUGACCAGGAAGGAGUUGUGGUAUCGACUCUUUGAUGGUCUUGAUUCGGGCUCAGUGCGGUAUGCUGAUCUGGACGCCAGUUUAGCCCAGGCAUUAGAAUUCAGGAUCCUGUCGGAAUACCACAAGGAUCGUUUCGCUUCACUUCAACGUCGUCAUCAAGAGAGCGCUCAGCAGCAGCAGCAGGAGUCGUCCCCCUUCCUGGGUGGUCCGCAGUCGUCUCGGUUCCUAAAUUCUAUACCCUUUGAAUCUGUGGCCAGUCGCUCGUUCGUGGACCUCGAGGCUGGCGAACAGGGCGAGGCUGUGAAGGAAGCUGCACAACCGUCAAAGGCCGCUAAGAAGAGGAAGAAGCGGCAGGCUAAGAAGGCGGCGACAGCGAAGUCCGAGGGAGUGGUUACUAAGGCGAAAGGUUCGAACUCGAACGGCGAAGCGAAGCAGUUGAACAAGACUGGUGCAGUAGUGAAUAGUAGUACGGUGUCGACUAUUGUGUCCCCUGGAGGGUCCUCCUCCUCAAUUUCUCGAUCGAGAUCGCCAUCGGAAGCAUCAUCAUCAUCGUCGUCCUCUACGGACUCCUUGAUAACACCAGUACAGGAGAGUACGUUGGUACGUGCGAAGACGGCUAUUGAGUCUCUGGCCAUGAAAGCCCCUAUAGUGGUGGUGCCUUCGGGAGUUGACGAUGAUGAGGAGGAUGAUGAUGAUGGGGAAUGGCAGACUGUUGGGAAGAGCAAAUCCAAUAACCGGUCAUCCCUUCUCAGUGCCGAGCAGAAAAAACAGCAGUCAAGUAAGGGCCCUUCGACUCGAGGGAAGGCAGCAGCUGUGGGGCCACGCACAGCGAAGGAUACGUCAAAUGGUAGUGCACCGAAGACGACAUCCAAGGUGAGGUCCGUAGAGCCAGCACGAAGGACAAAUGGCGAGAUAGAGGCUGCGUUGAAGCGAGAGACCUCUGUUAAAGUGAAACGAACGUUUUAUGAGUUCUAUGUGCCUGAUUCCACCGACUUGUUCAGCGUAGCUCGCCAACAGCUUGGACUGCGCUCUAGUGAGGCCCCCUUCUGAGAAGUGCCCCUUCUGUUACUCUUCCUAUCGUCGCUGUCUUCGUCUUAUCAUUCGUUACUUUUCCGCAUGUGACCCCAACUACAGUCGUAAUAUUGAUCAUCAUACUGAGUUCGAUUCAGUGCCAUUCCCCCCUCUCUUUGUAGUGUCUCUAGUCUUUGGCAAAAAUAACUACUAGAUGCUACUAUCAAUAGUAAACAAUAGUAAUAG